AUGACUCGUCAGCCAGAUUUCGUGAUAGCCAUGUCUUGUGUGAUUUGGCGCCUCUCCGUCCCAAAGCAUGUCCUGAAGGGCUCGAUCUGUUGUGACCUAAGCGUCCGGGGUCCAGACGCCCUGGUCCUGGCAGGGUUUGAGGCGUCUCUCCUCCAGUCGAUCCGCGUUCCCAGGGAUAGUAUCCCAUCUUCUGAGCGUCUUCGAGCCCUGCCUCUCCGACGACCAAUCUCGUCCUGGAAGCCGCUGCACGGCACCCCUGACAGCCAUUCAGGCGGUAUUGGGCAGUCAACGAGGCAUCUAGGCCUACUAUCCGCGCAACAUGCUGGACGCGGCCGGAAAGAAGCGUGGAAACUCGAUCGCCUUGCCACAGGACGGCGUCCCAGACAAGCCACCGAGAUUCAAGGCGCCACCCUCGAUGAUCAGAGAAUACUAAUCGGAUGUAUCGGAGGCGGGAAUAAUGUGGGUCUUUUCGUCCCUCUGCCCAAGUGGUUUUGGACUCGCGACCACAGCAUAAGCCCUAUGACGCUGCUUUUGAUUGAACCAGCGACGAAGCUUGUCUGCUUCCAUCUCGAAGGGCUGAUGAAGAAUCUGGGCGGUGACCCAAUCGGUAACUCGCUGCAUCGAUCGCGAAAACCGCGAAAAAUGGCUCCCUGGUAUCCUUUUUCUAUAUCUAUAAUACUAGCCUAA